AACCGGUGGGAGCCUGCAGCAAGAUGCAGGGAGCAGUGGGAGAGCUGAGGACCCUGUCGGAGGGGGAUGUGGCUGCAGCCUGGGCUCUGGAGGUAGCGGGCUACCCCCCGGAGGAGGCAGCCAGCCUGGCGGAGCUGCAGUACCGGCAGAGGGAGGCUAGCGAGCUGUUCUUGGGGCAUUUUGUCGAUGGAAAAUUGAUUGGGUUUGUCUGUGGGACCCGCUCACUCGAGGACCACCUAACAGAGAGGUCCAUGGUCGUCCACGAACCCACAGGUACCACCGUCUGCAUUCACUCCGUGUGUGUGGACAGCGCGUGGCGACGCCAAGGGGUGGCGCUGGGCCUGCUUCGGGAUUACGUGGUACGUACGGUGCACACCCUGCCCGCUCCAAGGAGGAUCUGCCUCCUUAGCCACCAGCAGCUGCUGCCCCUCUAUGCCAAGGCCGGUUUCACCGUGCUCGGCCCUUCCUCCGUCAGCCAUGGGCCUGAAGCCUGGUACGAGUGUGUCAUCGAGCUGGACUCAUGAUGGCGUCCUCACCCAGGAGCACAAUGUCAGACUAGUGAACAACAGCUGCCAACACACACCCACUCCCCAAACCCCACCGAGCUAAACCACAAUGUGGGGCGCAGUAGCUGCUCUGGUUUUAAACUUUCGACAACCUUGUUGCUUAUUCCCUCCCCAUCUUGUGGCUACACGUCACAGGCAAUGGCCAUUCAACCACAAACAGCACCAAGCUGGGCUGGCGGUGCCCCCUGUGGGGGGGGCAAAUGUUUCCUGUGUUUGAUUCCAAUCUGUUUCCCACCUCUUUCCCCUGCCCCCACCCCCCAUCACCUAGGACUGAGCUUAGUGGGAAAAGGGCACGUUUCUGGAUAUUGAACGAAUGCACGUCAAAUGUGACGCAAACUAUAGUCAAAUAGUCCACCAGUGCUCCGCUGCCAAAAUGAUCGAUCAAGAAUGGCCACUGGAGUGAGGCACCAUGCGGCAGUCAGCACCGACAGACCGAGAUAACAAGGUGUAGAGGUGGAUGAACACAGCAGGCCAAGCAGCAUCAGAGGAGCAGGAAAGCUGACGUUUCGGGCCUAGACCCUUCUUCAGAAAAUGAAAAAGCACCUACAGACUGCUCCCUUUCCACAGCUUCACCUUUAGGCAGCCUUGUUGAACAGAAUCACAGAAUAGUUAUGGUGCAGGAGGCCAUUCAGCCCCUUGUGCCUGUACUAGCUCUAUUACCUAGUGUGACGCACCUGCCUUCUCUCCAUAUUCCUGCACACCAUUGCCAUCCAACUAAUGAAGGAUACACAGGAUGUAACCUGCCCUGCAUGUUAUAAUUGUUUCAGGAGUUUAGCAAACCACUGUGACUUGCCAACAGUAUGAAAUAUUAAAGGUUUUCCACAUUUCCAUUCAUUCAGGAUCCCAAGCCCAGUGCUGCCCUCUCUGGUUACUAAUCAGUGUUUUGAUACCAGACCAAAGUUCAGCCACAGAACCCCGCUGAGGCCAGGCAAAUUGUGAAGUACUCCCCUGCCAAUGCCAUUCUGUAAAUCCUCUCUCACCCACAAUCCUGCUUCCCCUCUCUGUUGCUAAGCUGAAUAAAUAAGUCUGUGCACUUA